CCCUGAAGCUGCUGCAGAUCCCUCACAGCUCCCUGGCCCUGGCAGUGCUGCCUGCCAUGGGGAGCUGUGUGGCCCUUGCUGUCCUCCUUGCUCUCUCCUUUGCCACCGCUGCUGCUGCGCACCGAAAGCUGCUGGUGUUCCUCAUCGACGGCUUCCGCUUCGACUACCUCGAUGACAAGGAGCUGGAGUCCCUGCCAGGCUUUAAGGACAUCGUGAGCAUGGGGGUGAAGGUGGAUUACAUGACUCCAGACUUCCCAAGUCUUUCCUAUCCAAAUUAUUACACGCUGAUGACAGGUCGCCACUGUGAAGUCCAUCAGAUGAUUGGAAAUUACAUGUGGGACCCAACUACGAAUGUAUCUUUCGAUAUUGGUGUGAAUAAAGAAAGCCUGUUACCUCUAUGGUGGAACGGAUCAGAGCCUUUGUGGGUCACAAUGAUGAAAGAAAAGAAGAAUGUCUCUAUGUAUUACUGGCCAGGUUGUGAGGUUGAAAUCCUUGGAGUCAGACCAAGUUAUUGCCGCGAGUACUUCAGCGUCCCGUCGGACGAAAACUUUGCGGAUGCAAUCAGUGACGCCCUCGAGUCCUUGCGCAACGGCAGCGCGGAGAUGGCCGCGGUGUACUACGAGCGCAUUGAUGUGGAAGGGCACCACUACGGCCCCGCGUCCCUGCAGCGCCAGAACGCCGUGAAGGAGGUCGACAAAGCCUUAAGCAACAUGAUCAAGCAAAUCAAGAGCAAGGGUCUUCAGAACGACAUCAAUGUCCUCCUCUUCUCCGACCACGGGAUGACCGACAUCUCCUGGGUGGACAAAGUGAUUGAGCUGAAGAACUACAUCAAUAUGAGUGAUACCAUACAAAUGAAGGACCGAGGUCCUGUUGUGAGCCUUUGGCCAGUUCAAGAGAAGCACACGGAGAUAUAUGAAAAAUUGAAAGCUGUGGAACACAUGCACGUUUAUAACAUCCAGGAUAUUCCAGACAGGUUUUUCUACAAAAAAGGAAAAUUUGUGUCUCCUCUAACACUUGUGGCUGAAAAAGGAUGGUUCAUAGUAGAGAGCAGGGAGAAGCUGCCCUUCUGGGAGAACGGCACCGGGCGCCGGGAGGCCUGGCAGAACGGCUGGCACGGCUACGACAACGAGCUCAUGGAGAUGCGCGGCUUCUUCCUCGCCUACGGGCCAGAUUUCAAAUCCAACUUCCGGGCGCCGCCGAUCCGGUCCGUGGAUGUCUACAACAUCAUGUGCAGCCUCGCGGGAGUGCAGCCGCUGCCCAACAACGGCUCCUGGUCCAGGGUGGAGUGCAUGCUGAGGAGCGCGGCCCCGGGGGCGCCGCGGCCCGCCCCGGGCAGCUGCCUCCUGCUCGCCUUGGUCCUGCUCUCGCCCUUUGCGUAGCGGAUCCAGCCGCCACGCGCCCAAAACAAUGCGGGACAGUGUCACCAGACCCCUCCCCCCUUUUUCUGUGUGUUUUUUUUUUUAAUUAUUAUUAUUCUUCAUUUGAAUAAUAGCUUCGUUAAUAAGAGUACUGUCCCCCACGCAGCCGUCACGCUCUGCCGGGAGCGAAUCCGAGCCAGCCUGCUGUCGCGGUGGUUACAGCGACAAGCCAAGUCUUGCUCUGCUCUCGGUCCAGCCAGGUUUGCAGCCCUGGCAACGAGAGCAGGACCCAGCUAUCAGCAUCAUUUGCUGUUACGGUGGUGGGUAUAAGCAGAGACCUGCGGGUGUUAAAUGCAUCUUACACCACUGUGUUUAACUGAGAGGGUAAUCCUGGCUCCUUAUAAUGAGCAACUCAGGUCUGGAGACAGUCCUCUGCGAAUUUAACCAAGCCAUGGCGUUUUGCUGAUCUCCGGCAGAGCCCCACCUUCUCCUUUCGGUGUGAACCACCCCUGGUAGGCGCUGACCCUUUCUGCAAAGCGCCAAGCUCUCUGCAGAGCAAUCGCAGAGCCAAGACAGGUAGGGGAGCACUGACACCAUCCUGCUUUUCUCAGCCUUUCCAUCUCCAUCUUCACCGAAGCCAGCCCUGGCUGGCAGACCUGGACCCUGCACGCUGCCAGGACCUCAGGCUUUCGCCACCAAACCCAGUUGUAAUGGUCGAGUUAAACAGCCGGAGAAGACGGAGCUGUUCUCGGAGGCAAUGCAUCUGAAGGUGAAGUCAAGUGGAUGAAGUCAUCCUGAAAAAGUCGGAAAGACAGAUACACUAGAUCCCCUGAAAAACCUGAUCAUGUCCCUACUCAUUCGCCGCAGCGCAGCCGUGGCUCUGCCCGGGCACGGUCCAGCCCGGGGUGGCAGGGGCUGCCUGCAGAGCCAGCACCACGCUCUGUUAGCUCAGAAGAUUAAUUUCAUUUAAUUGUUAAAUCACGUAGUUGUCACAGUGCUCAGUGCUGAACACUGGGGUGUACGUACGCCACGGUGGGUCGCUAGGGAGGGUUCUCCUUGCAUCAUUUAAUUUCUACUGUGAAAUAAGCAUAUCUAGCACGGAGCCGUAAAGGUCUGAUCCUGCAAAGUGUCCUUUCCUCCUUGGAGGGCCGCGGCACGCAACGGCGCCUUCAGGAGGUGCUCAGCUUUAUCCGAUAUACCUCUGCACCUCGAGCUUUCCACGUAAACUGCCUUUGGAAGGAUUUAGGUCCCUCCCCAUGCAAAAUAAACCUCUAAGACUUAUUAUUCAUACAGCUCCAAAGUCAAACAGGAUUCAGGGAUGUUUGGUACAGUGAGUUUAAGGGUGAAUGAUUACACCAUGAAAAAAAAAUUAAACUUGACAAAAGACUUCUGUAAUAGCUGCAAAGAUUUAUGUAAUGUUGUUUUUAAAGCUCAAGUGAACCAUCAAAUCAAUUGGAAAAAAGAGGAAGAAAAUCAGUCUUUGUUAUUAGACUGUUGAGUAUAAAAGGCAAUUUAGUGCUUUCUAAGCAUUUGCAGUAGCUGUAAAACAAGCAUCUAUUGUUCCAAGUUCCCUGUUGCUCUCUAAUGGACCACGCUCAACGAAUUCAUUGGAGCGCAUUUUUAAAGUGAGAAAAUUAUUAGUAUAAAAGAUAACUAAGUAACUAAAUCACAAAUUUUUUUUUUUGAAAAUCAACAGGAUAUAUAGAAUGCCUGCUAAUCCUUCCACAGCCUGCAGUUUUAACUCUUACAAAAAAAAAAAAAAAAAAAAAAAAAAAAAACAACAGUAUCUUUUUACUGAGCAAAAAAAUCCUCAAAGCCUAAGGCUCUAUUCUGAUCCUCAGUUACACUAGUAUAAAUCAGGAAUAACAAAGCAGGCUUGUUGAGAUGUUCCAAGUAUGGGCCAUGGCCCAUAUGAUCAGUAUGAAAUCAAUAGGAUCCCUGCCUCUAUGAGUGUUUCUGUAUAACUGACUUUUAUAAAAAAGUGGCCAUAUGCCAUGUCCUUUGUGCAAAUACUGCACAGCAAAUUUGCUAAUUGUUUUAGGUCUUGGUAGACCUAAACGCAACCAUGGUAUCCUCAGGAACACACACCUCAAAAUAUACUUGAUCUGAAAAAGGGAAAUUUGGUGGUAGAUCUACACGGAGCUCAUUAGCUUCAGGAGACCUGCAACUGAUUAUGUUGUACAAGUGCAUCUUUCUUCUUCUGGAUUUUUUUACCUUUAAAUCAGUUCACAUGCUUAUUCAAAAAUCAGUGUCUUGAUGCUAGCGUACUUUUCUGCGUACUAUGCAACUGAGGUGGGUGCAUUUUACAAACCAGUUCUGAAUGAUACUUUUGUACAAUGACUGAUUGUGAAUGAGUGAAUAAUCCUAAGAAUGCUGUUGGAAAAAAUAUGCAUCUUUCUGUAAAUACCGUAAGAGUUUUGAAAAAAAAGCCCUGUAACACCUUG